AUGGAGCGAAAACGUACGCAACCAAUUCCGCAAAAACGCCACGUAAAGCCAAAAAAUGUGGAGCCACCAAAAGUUUUUUUGCCUCCACCAGAAGCUAGACCCAGAAUAUUGCAGAAUAUCCAGAUAAAACCACCAGCUGGAAGCAGUCCUCCACCUUUAAUAUACACCAGGAGAGUUACAUUUGCUGAUACACACACAUUACCACUGGCUGUAAAUAACUCGACAACACCAGCUUUAACGAAACCAGCUCCGACAAAAACAACUCCAGCUUCGACAAAUCCGGCAGUGACAACACCAGCCACAACACAACCAGCUUCGACAAAUUCGGCAUUAAUGACACCAGCCACAACAAAACCAGCUUUACCGAAACCAGCUACAACAAACCCUGUUUUACCGACACCAGUACAACCGAACAUCGACAUGGUAACCGAGAGCGGAGAAAAACCAACAACUUCCAAAGCAGCAAUGGUUUCCAAACAAAGCCCUAUAGGCGUGGUCCUAACCGAGUCGUCGAAAAAACACUACUCGGAGGAUGAGUUGUUCGCUGGUAUAAUAAUACCUGUAUAA